AUGUCAACUUCAGUUUCUCCAAAUUAUUUGGACUUGGUUCCAAUUGAUUUUAUGAUGAAAUUAUUACCAUCAGAAUAUACUUUUCAAAGUUUAUUUGAAGUCGAUUACAGUAAAUGGGAUUGGAGUCAAUUAAUCCCAUCAAAAGAUUUCAAAUUUAUCGAGGGUGUUACACCAUUCACAAAUAAAAAUUUCAUCUUUAUGUCUAUUUUCCUUUAUCUUUUAACUGUUUUAUCAAUUAAAGUUUUAUUUAAUGUUUUAAAUAUAAAAGGAUGGAGACUUGGUAUGAUAUCAGGUAUUCAUAAUUUAAUUUUAUGUGUUUGGUCAUUUGUUAUGUGCGCAGGUUUAUCAUAUGAUCUUUUACUUUUAUUCACUUCAUCAGAACAUGGUAUAAACGCAUUAUUCUGUUCACCAGAGUCAAAUCCAUUAACUGGAAGAAUAUUUUACUGGCAUUAUUUAUAUUUUAUCAGUAAAUUUUAUGAAUUUAUUGAUACUUUAAUUAUUGUUUUAAAAAGAAGAGAAUUAAUUUUCUUACAUAUUUGGCAUCAUGCAAUUGUUGUUUUAAUUGUUUGGACAUGGUUACCAGGAGUUGCAUAUGCAAGUGUUGGUAUGUUUGCCAAUACAUUAGUUCAUGUAUUUAUGUAUUACUAUUAUUUUAGAACAUCAAUUAAUCCAUCAGUUAGAAUUUGGUGGAAAUCAUAUCUUACAAGUGGUCAAUUAUUCCAAUUUUCAAUGUCAUUCGUAUUAGCAAUUCCAUUCCUCUUACAAGAUAUUUCUUUAAAUCAAACCACUGGUAAAUUUAAUCAUUCAUGUAAAGGUUGGGGUGCAUUUGGUUUCACAAUGGUAAACAAUUUAAUAUUUUUAAUUUUAUUCAUUAAUUUCUAUAUUCAAACAUAUGUUAAUAGAAAAUCUUCAACAAAAUCAAAAUCAAAAUCUGAAUAA